AUGCCGCCGCCACCCACCAAUUUCACUUCUAGUAUUCGUGGUUUCGUAUGCAAGUCAUGUCGAAUAAAACUACAGAUCCCCCCGCGAGCACCAUGGCUUUCGAGACAUUUUACGGCGCAAAAAACCCCGCUGAGGUCGAUAGAUAGAGGGGGAAAAGUGCCACCGCUUGCCUCGAAGACGGAAACGCAACAAGUUGAGCAAACUGAUGAACCAUUUUACAAAUACUAUGACGAGACUCCGGAUGGCGUUCGAACAGAAGCGCAGGGUGAUCCUGAAGAAGAGGAAUUGUUGGAAGGUCUUCAAGAGGCAGUUCGAGAAAUAAAAGAAGACAUUGGGGAAGUUUCAGCGGAAGAACUUGAGGAGGUGAACGAAGAUGAAGAACCAAGCCUUCAUAUGGAGGAAUGGGAAGAUGCAAUGGAUGCAAAGAUAGAACGCCUACAAGCCGAGGUGGAUAGACUAGAAGGCAUUACCAACAAGCCGGGCCCUAUGUCAGAAGAGGACCGGCAAAAGAUACGAAACUACUUCUUAAAGUCUGUCGAGGAAGGCAAGUCUCAAUCUGAGACUUCCACAGAGCUAUCUCCACCUCCGACUUCUUCCACAACACAACAGUUUCUCGCCCCAGAACCAAAGCCAAAUUCCAUCACCAACCCAAGAUCUAACUCAAAUUCUAUCUUAAUUCCAGAGAAGCAAUACCCUCCCUCAGCCCGACCCCAUUUAAAAGUUUUGAAUAGCACAUUGCAGAAAAUUGAUCAUCGUUACGGUCGUAGCAAUUUUCAAAUGAAUGAAAACCUGAUGCAUAAGUUAUGGAAGCAGUACAUUUUAUGCCGAAAAACUAUAUUGUCAGAUCCUGGUGAAGUUUCUCCAGAAACGUGGAAACUUCUUUGGGGUUAUAUUUCAUUGCCAGACCCGACAAAUUUGGACCGCAUGGCGCAUGUGAGACGACUGGGGCUAGAUAUGCAGAAAGCGGGUUUACACCUCGGAGGGCCUACAUUAUUGUUAUAUAUCGAAGCUGUCUUUGUAGAAGGAGAUCCAAGGACCGCAAUUGAUCUAUGGAAAUCCGCUUGGCAGACUUUUUCUAAAGAUGAAGGCCUUUUAGACCAAUAUUUGGAGCUUGGUACUCGGAUGUUUGCCGAGAACGGCAACAUUGAGGAAGCCAGAAAGGCAGCAUCGAUUGUCAUACAAAGAUCAAACAAUCCCCUCAGCGCUCGUAUUCUUAUUCACACAAUACAAGGCUGCUUGGCCUCAACGAUUAAAAACCGUACGCUUGAAGCUUGGAACAUUUACCUUGACUUUCGGAAACACAUGAAAUCGAGUAUGGAGAUGGAGGAUUAUGAUGUAAUCAGCGGACUUUUUAUGCGAGCUGGUAAAAAUCAUGAAGCAUUAGCAGUCUUUAAAGAUAUGAUGCUCUCGAAAGAUCCCACUGCUUUGCAGUAUGACUCAUUGACAACACGAGAUUAUGAAGAAUUUCCAUCCAUGCUGAACAAUAAGUAUUUCUUUGGAAAAUGGAUGAAGAAGCUGAUUGGCAGUGGCGACCUUGACGAGGCCAGCAGAGUACUUGAUUUAAUGCGAGAUUUCAGGAUCUGCCCUGAUGCCAAAUUCACAAAUGGGCUUAUGGGUGCCUGGUUCCGUACGGGCAAAUUAAAGAACCGAAAACUGGCCGAGGAAAUGGGCUGGUCUAUGAUUGCAGCAAGACUUGAUUUCGUUAAGGCUCGAGAUCAAGGGGUUAAGGUAUUGCUACCCCCCUUAACGGCCGUGAAAGGGACAAACAAGCGCGAGUACAAGCUUGCCAGCUUCAACCUCCACCCUCCUGCAACAAUCGAAACAUUUGCAAUUCUUAUGGACCAAUACGUGAAAGGGCAGAAACAUGAACAACUUUUGGACCUUUACACAACAUUGGGAAAAGCAAAGAUUCCAGCAAAUACGUACUUCAUGAACACAGCAAUCAAAGCUGAAUCAAAAUCCUCUUUGGACACCAAAGAGAUGUACUAUACCUUCGUCAGCGACGGAGUGAAGCCUAAUAUUGAGACCUUUUUGCAAUUGUGGCACAGUUUAAAGCAACGGAAUAUGCAAAGACAUAGGCGCCAUACAUUUUUUACCCCCGCAGAACUGUUCGCAGAAAUGAUGAGAUGGCGACAGGAGUUGAAGGCAGAGCUUGGAAAAGAUGAUUUACCAAAGGACCUCUAUAACUCAAUCAUAUUGAACUUUGGUUUAGUGGACGACCAACCAGGAACUGCAGUUGCCUUGCGUGCCAUGCAAAAGUAUUUUGGAACAUAUCCUACGGAUGAUACCGCACGCAACAUUAUUUUACAAAUAACAGCAAUUGGCGCUACGACUGGACCUGCACUGAGACGUCUCAAUAUCAAUAAGGGUACAAAGGAGAGAGUGCGACAAGUCACGAAAGUUCUAGCAAUGCUCCAAUCGCAAAGAAUUGAGGCUUUAGCGGAGUUAGGAAUCGUUUAUGAUGACUUGCAAGAGCAAGCAAAAUCAGAGGAGGCAUUAACGUUAUUGUCGGACCUUCUACGUGUUGUUGCACUGCAGGUGAAUGGUGGUCAAGAAGGACGUAUGGAUAUCGUCAAAUCAUCCCAAACAGCGGCGAAGAUGAUGGGUGUUCCUGAUUGCGUUCCUUGGAUGGUGUACAACACAGCAGAUGAGGAAUUGUUGGAUGUGUAA